AUGAUGGCAGGGGAAGGUCGGCGCAGGGAGCCACAGCGCACAUCGUUUGGGGUGUGGGUGCGCUGGCUGCUGUUUGGUGGCUUUGGUGCACACCAUUACUAUCUCAAGCGAGACUUCCAAGCAUUCCUUUGGGCCAUUAGCUUUGGAGGAUUUGGCAUUGGCCUGAUUUACGACAUGUUCCGCAUCAACACAUAUUUGGACGAGGUCAACAAAACAUCCGUGUUCAUGGUGAACCGCCGGCAGCUGCUGCAAGCGAGUCGAAAACCAGCCGUCCUCGCCGUGCGAACAAUUGGCCAGCUGAUCUUUGCCAUGUACCUGCGCUUCAUUGCCUUUUGGGCUGUUCCCCAAGACCCGCGGUUUUCGUUGCCGUGGCCAACUGGAAUCGCCGGCAUAUUCGGAGGCCUCGCCGCUGCGUGGACGGUCGCCAACAUUGGUGACCUCGGAUACAGAAAGGGCAACACGCGCGGUGCCUUCAUUGGCGCAAUGGUCAUGGAGGCUCUCCUCGCCGCUGCGCUUCGUGACGAAGCUGGGGAGGUGGAUCACGUCAAGUACGGGGACGCCGGGUCGUGCUUCUGGGUGGCCGUCGUGGCCAUCGCCGCCUACGCGUGGUCUCGCCGCUACCUGUCUCCACAGGAAAUGGCCGCGCUCCCACGGCCGUCGGGGUGGUGGCGUGCGCUGCGCUAUUUCUUCCGCGUUGCCCUCUUCUGGGCGCUCGUCACCAGCGCAUUUGCGUUCCACUCGCGCAUCGAACUCAACGAGAAGGAGGACACAGUUGCCGGCCACUGCUACGUGUACAUCAACUCGCCGCAGUGGGAGGAGCACAAGCAGGCGUUUUAUCUCUUCUACAUCCAGUGCUCGGCAGACUUUGACGAGUGCAAGCGACAAAUCUGGGAAGCCAUCGAGGGGCCCUCUGCGCGAGCUGACUCGUAG